AUGACCAGGGUAUCUGCUUGUAGCUACGGGCUGGCCCUUCAAUUCAAGCUACACAGCAAGCUCCACCUCUCAGUGGGCGGCGGUGCCAUCACUUCCCCACCCCCACACCGCGCCGGUCGCCCCGGUGGUCUAGUGGGCAGCCUCGCAGCCUGCUAAGGGCCAGGUCAUGGAUUCGAGUCCCGCCAAAGUGAGUUUUUUCUCGUUUAUUAAAUCCUGGUCUCCGUUGUUGGCAGGGACGCGCUGUAAAGAAAGCUCGUUGUUCGCAAACUUGAUCGACUUCGUAAGUCGCGAGGGAAGGGAUUACCGUACCCUUCUAGCGAUAAAAAUAUCUCAGGCGGGAACUGCAGGAUCCACACGUGGCCGAUCGGCUACCCCCCCAAAACCCUCUAGCAACAUUUAUUCCCUCUAGAGGGAAUAAUUGAGUCGUAGAGGGUUAAGAACGCUCGAAAGGGUUUAUUACUGUAAAUUUUCGAAUUCCCUCUAGUAGUGUGGAGAACACCUUCAUAAAGGUUGAAACUCCCCAACGUCUACCGAGGACGAAAACCUCUUUUUCCACAAUGGCGUCGACGAAAAGAUGUCAAGUGUCUGCUUUUGGUUGCAAGAGACACGGGUUCAAAACCCGCUGCUCACCCAAUUUUCUUCCGGAGUACGGAAAAAUGAGAUCAAAAACGGUGGGUGGGCCAAGAAACGAUGCACUGUCUAUCGAACUCGAAACUUCUGGCAAUGCAUGGCGGAAGUGGUGUACCCGCACACACGCACAGAAGAUUGUUGGAAAAAAGAUGGUUCUACUCGCCACCAGCCGGUCGGGUUCCGGUUACCCCAAG